CUCAGGACGUCGAGGCGCCAGGGUGGUGAGCGAAGGUAAAGAAAAGCCGGGGAGCCUCAGCGACCUGCCCAGGACCUCGCAAGGACCAGCAAAGGAGGGCUUGGAACCUUUGUCAAUAAGUGACCUUUCCUAACUUCUGACUUUCCAGUUCUGACCUUCCUGUUGCCGUGGUACACACCCCAGAUGUCAAAAAAUGUCUGGAAAAGACAGAAUUCCGUGUGUAAAGUUUCUGAAGGCCCGGGGAAACUCUGAACUUUUUUUUGCAGCUUUUGGGUCUAUGAAAGAAUACCUGUCAGAAGGAUAUCUUCAAGCUCUUACAGAAGAACAGGCAUUGAACAUAAAAGAGAAUGACAAAUCACUUUAUAUCUGUGAACCAUUUAGUGGCAUUGCCUUUGAUCAUCUCCAAAAGCUUGGCUGUAGAAUUGUGGGCCCACAAGUAAUUAUAUUUUGCAUAUAUCACCGACGAUGUAUCCCAAAAUCAGAGUACCCAGUUUACAAUAUGAUUAUGGCAGAUAUAAUUAUUUCUUGUACAAGCCUUGACAAAGAAAUAAAGAAAGAUAUCCAUAAACAUGUACAAAUGAUGGGUGGACAAUUUUGCAGAGAUUUGAAUAUGUCAGUAACUCACCUUAUUGCUGGAGAAGUCGGCAGCCAAAAAUAUUUAGUGGCUGCAAGCCUAGGGAAACCUAUUAUGCUUCCUACUUGGAUAAAAGAGCUGUGGAAGAAAUCACGAGAGAACUCUAUGACACAAUGUAAAGACAUAAAUAUGGAAGCCUUCAAGUGCCCUUUAUUUUUUGGCUGUAUAAUCUGUGUGAGUGGUUUAUGUACUCUGGAAAGAAGGACAAUUCAGCAACUCACAACUAAACAUGGAGGUCACUAUAUGGGACAUCUGCAAAUGCAUGAAUGCACACACCUCAUUGUUCGAGAACCAAAAGGUCAGAAAUAUGAACAUGCCAAAAGAUGGAAUAUACACUGUGUGACAGUUGAGUGGUUUUAUCACAGUAUUGAAAAGGGCUUCUGUCAAGAUGAAGCUAUGUACAAGACAGAGUCUAUAUUAAAAACAAAGAGUGAGCCAUGUAUUUCAACUGUUCUGCGCCAGAACAAGGAAGCUAGUGGUAAGUAUACUCUUUCAGGUGUCUGUCACAUUUCUAACAUCUAUUCAGGUAACACUAAUAAAUCUACACAUGAUUCAGUUCUGAACAACAACUUGGUGUCUCUACUUGAGAAUCUACAAAAUCUGGAUAUCAGUGCAUUUCAAGCACCUUUGGAUUUACUGGGCGGCUGUCGGAUAUACCUUUGUGGGUUCCAUGACAGAAAGUUAGAGCAAGAUAAGCUAAGAAGACUUAUUAAUUGUGGUGGUGGAAUUUGCUUUAAUCAGCUCAGUGAUGAUGUGACACAUGUUAUUGUUGGAGAUUAUGAUGAGGAGUUAAAACAGUUUUGGACUAAAUCAACACACAGGCCUCGUGUAGUGGGAACAAAAUGGUUACUGGAGUGUUUUAGUAAAGGUUAUCUGCUGUCUGAGGAGCAAUACAUCCAGUUGAAUUACCAGCCAUUGCAGAUAUCCAUAGCAGAACAACCAAGAAUAAAAAGGAAAAACAGUUUUUCUGAGAUAGAAUUUGCAGAUGCUGAGAAGUAUCAGCAAGCUGAUGAAGAGUUACUCUCUCAAAAUGACAAUGAUGACAUGAUAGUAGAUGAUGAUGAGAUGUCUGGAGCUGGGGUCUAUAAUGAUCCCUCUCAUAUUACUGUACAAAUGGAGAAUCAGUCUUCCUUUGGCCACAACUCACUGCCUGACACUACUACAAUUAUUGAAGGUUUAUUUAGCCAGAAGAAUUUCCUUGUUGUAGGUUUUAGUGAAGAAGAUGAAUCUUUCAUUGCCAAUGUUAUUAAAGAACAUGCUGGAAAAAUAUUGCCCCUCCAAAGCAGUACCAUUGCCGACUAUGUCGUCGUUCCUUUGCUGGGGUGUGAAGUGGAGUCAGCUGUAGGAGAAGUUGUUACAAACACAUGGCUGAUUACUUGUAUUGAACAACAAAAUCUUUUUGACCCAAAGUCAAAUCCACUCUUCACACCAGUACCAGUAUUGGAGGGAAGUGGUACUCCUUUAGAAAAUUGUGUUCUUUCAUUCAGCCAGUUUAUUGGAGCAGAGAAAGAUUCCUUGGCAUGCUUAGCAAGCCUGCUUGGAGCAAGAGUUCAGGAAUUUUUUGUGUGCCAAGACAGUGCAAAGAAUGACCUGCUUGCCAGUACCCAUCUUAUAGUGAAACAACCAGCUUCUUCUAAAUAUCAGGCUGCACAGAAGUGGGGAUCACCUGCAGUGUCUAUGCAUUGGAUAUUGGAGACUGCUAAGUUGGGGAAGAGAGCUGACGAAUGCAAGUUUCUGGUUGGAAAUCUGCCCAAACAAGAGUGAUACUACUUUAUACAG